AGAACCCCCAACGGAUGUGGGAUCCAGAAAAGGGUUCGAUCCUCGGCCAAGGAGUCGGAUCCUUCGCCCUCGAGAAUGUCACCACGACGAACCAGACGGUGGAGGUCGGGUCCACGGUGUUCCUGCACUGCCAAGUCAGGAAUCUGGCCGAUAAACAGGUGUCCUGGAUCCGGCGCCGCGACUACCACAUCCUCACCUCAGGCCUCCACACCUACAGCAAGGACGAGCGCUUCACCGUCGUCAGACCCGAGGACGCCGACGACUGGGCUCUGCAGAUCCGAUUUGUCCAGAAGCGCGACGAGGGUGCCUACGAGUGCCAGGUGUCUACCAAGACGGGUCGCUAUGGCUACGUCGUGAACCUGAAGGUGGUCACUCCGAAGGCGGUCAUUUCAGGGUCAUCAGAACUCCACGUCCAGUCCGGCUCCACUAUUUCUUUGCUCUGCAUCAUUGAAGGGAGUCUGUCUCCGCCGCAGUUCAUCUUCUGGUACCACGACAACCGCAUGAUCAACUACGACCAGUCCCGCGGCGACAUCUCGGUCACGAUAGACCACCAGGAGCUCAUCACCUCCCGCCUCACCAUCAACAACGCCAGCUUCAAGGAUUCCGGGAACUACACCUGCAGCGCCAACAACAUUAACCCGUCCUCCGUCAACGUCUACGUGUCAGAAGGAAAAGGUCAGGGAGGAGUCUUCGUCACGGCGAGCGACAAGACGGCAGCGAUCCAGCGGCUGGGCUCCGGCAGCGAGGGCGUGACCAGCUCUGCCACGACCGUCUGCUCCCUCCUGCUGGUGGUUCUCCUGACCAGCGCGUCCAACCUGUGCUCGGUGCCCGGGACCUGA